UCCAACUUGUUUCUUGGACAGCGACGGUCUUCCAACCUGUGACGCAUGUCCUGUAGGAUAUUCUGGACGAAAUUGCGAGAUAUGUGCAAUGAACUACACAGGAGAUCCCAUGAUACAUUAUUCCAGAUGUGAAAUAGCAGCACCAGUAGAGUGCGACACUCGCGGCAGUUUAAACCCUGGCUCUGACGCUCGGAAAUGUCUGUGCAAGCUAAACGUCCGUGGUGAUGCCUGUGACACUUGUAAACCAGGUUCUUUCAAUUUACAAGAGGAUAAUCUCGAUGGCUGUACACCAUGUUUUUGCAGUGGAGUUUCUGACAGCUGCGAAGGUGCUAAGCUAAACAAAACUCAGAUACGUACUACAUUCUCUGUGGAUGAGCUGAAAAAUUUUACUCUGGUCACAUCAGACCGUACCCCAGUAAACUCUUCAGAUCUCUUUGUUAAUCCCCUGACGAAGGAACUGACUUUUCAGUCUUUUGUGGAGGAGGGUAUUCAGGGGGAGAUUUUAUACUGGAAACUGCCUCGAACAUACACUGGGAAUAAGGGGACAGACAUAACACUUCAUCACUACAAAAGAAGUCCUACAGGAAACAACCGGGAAGGAGGUUACCAAGUCAUGUUUGAAGAGAACUCCUGGACUGACAGCACCAAUAGAGAAAUAUCACGAGACCAAGUUAUGAAGGCUUUGCACCAUAUCGAGGCACUUUUGAUCAGAGCUUCUUAUACUACUGGGAUGCUUCAGACAACCCUUCGGGAAGUUUCCAUGGACACUGCAACUAAUGCGGUCACUAAUCAGCCUCGUGUUAGCUCGGUUGAGCGAUGCGCAUGUCCAGCAGAGUACCAAGGUUUAUCUUGUGAGUCUUGUAAAGCAGGUUACUAUCGAUCACGUGGUGAUCCACACUUUGGCGACUGCAUUAAGUGUGACUGUAACGGGCACUCUCGCGAUGAGUACUGUGAUCCUGAAACAGGAGAAUGCAAGAAUUGCCAGCACAACACAGAAGGGUUUCGCUGUGAUAAGUGCGUGACUGGUUUCUAUGGAAACGCAACAAUUGGCCAACCAUCAGAUUGUAAGCCUUGUCCUUGCCCCAUGACAUCACCACCAAACAGGUUCAGUCCUACAUGUUUCAUGGCAGAGGAUGGAGAACCGACCUGCGAUGCAUGUCCACCAGGAUAUGGGGGUAGAAACUGCGACAGGUGCGUUAAACCUUAUGUUGGUAAUCCAACCGAGCCAGGAGAAAAAUGUAACUUAGAGGUCGACUGUCUAUGUGAUGUUCGUGGCUCGAUCAACAGUUCUUGUGAUCCUAUUACCUCGCAAUGCUUUUGCAAGAAGCAUGUUGAAGGAAGUAAGUGCGACAGGUGUAAGCGAUCCUUCUUCAAUUUGCAGUCGGACGAUCCCGAGGGAUGCGUGCCUUGCUUCUGUUUUGGAGUCUCUGCUGUUUGUAAAUGCGCUGAUUAUUACAAAGACAUAAUUGGCUUGCGCAUCGCCCUGUUGGACGGUCCAAACUACUUACGUCUCUCGGACUUAUCACAGGACUCUAUUAUAAAUUCUGGCUACAAAAUAGAGGAUGAUCCGGGACAUUAUGUUUAUAAGUUUGACAAACCACCGGCAAAGACCUAUUACUGGUUUUUGGGAGAGGAAUUUAGAGGGGACAUGAUCACAAGCUAUGACGGUAUCUUACGAUACACAGUUUCUCACGAAAUGCAGCCCGGUGGUGAGCUGACCUCUGAAAUUGACGUCCAGUUGAAGGGAAGAGGGAGAGUUCUAAUAUUUAAUCGUAGAAGAAAACGAGAGGCAGGAAAAACAUUUACAGAGGGCCUUAAACUAUCAGAGGGUUGGCUGAGGUACCCGGAUAACGCUAGAACGACCAGAGAUGUUGUGAUGACAGUUUUGUCCGCUGUGGAAAGCAUCUUGGUCCGUGCGACAUACAGUACAACUACUACACAAGCCAGCCUUUAUGCAGUCAAUUUGGAGAAAGCUGUACCUCAAGAAACGGGUCAUAGAAAAGCUGAGAAAAUCGAACUAUGCACAUGUCCACCGGAGUACACUGGAACAUCUUGUCAGCGCUGUGCUCGUGGAUACACUCGGACUUACCCUGCAGGCUCAGAUUUCUCCCCUUGUGUUCCAUGUACUUGUAAUCAACACUCAAAAGAAUGUGAUCCAGAGACAGGAAAAUGUUUAAAAUGUGAUCACAAUACCGCAGGCUCCAGGUGCGGGAGAUGUGCAAUCGGUUUCUAUGGCGACGCGACUAAAGGCACACCUCAAGAUUGCCAACCAUGUCCAUGCCCUUUAACAGUCGCUUCGAAUCAGUUCAGCCUGACCUGCAAAAUAGAGUCAGACGGUCUACCUACCUGCACUGGGUGUCAAACUGGUUAUACAGGCAGAACAUGUAAUAGAUGUGCUAAGGGAUAUUCCGGGGAUCCUAAAAAACCUGGCCGAAAGUGUAUCAAGCUACCAGCGGGAUUCUUACCAAUUGUUAUGAUCAGGCCAAUGAAAAGAACCAAGACAGAGGGAGAUGACGUUAGGUUUUACUGCUUUGCCAAGGGAAAGCAACAACCAAGAAUAAGUUGGUCUCGAGAAAAUGGCAAAACGUUACCCAGCAGGGCUGUUGUGUCUGGAAAAAUCAUGUCGAUAAGUAGAAUAAGGAAAGAAGAUGAAGGAGAAUACGCGUGUACUGCGAGAAACAUAUAUGGCUCUGAAACUGGUACAACACAGCUGAGGGUAGAAGCUCGCCGUGUGGAUCCCAUAAGCGUAACAGUUUCGCCAAAAGUCCUUCACGUUCUUUUGGACCAAAAAGCUCAGUUCAAGUGCAGAGCAAAAAGUGUGACCGAAUACACCUUACAGUGGACCCAAGGAGUGUACGGAGCACUUCCUGAUGGGGCCGAAAAUGAUAAUGGUGUUCUAACGAUCGAUCGCGCGCGGGCCAUCCAUGGAGGGUCCUACACAUGUACCGGUAAAAAUGCCAACAACGAAGAUAUGGUAACCGUCCAACUGAGAAUAGGAGUAACAAAGCCUCAGGUCCUUAUAAGCCCUGCCAGUUUGAGCGUGCAAGAGGGAGAUUCUGCUCAAUUCCGCUGUUCGGCGUCGGGAUUUCCAGCUCCGGAACUUCAGUGGCAUGGUGGUCCUGGCGGUGAAUUGCCAUCGGAAGCGAAUACAGCCAACAGUAAUGGGCUUUUGAUCUUUGACGCGGUGAAAAAAAUUCACAAAGGAGAAUACUUUUGUACAGCAUCUAAUUUGGGCGGAAUCUCCAGCACUGGAACGUUCUUAAAUGUCUCAGCUUCUGGUUCUCCCCCUAUAAUUUCGGUUGUGCCCAGUUUGAUGACCGUUUUGGAAGGUGAAGAAGCCUCGUUUCAGUGUACGGCAAUAGGGGACCCACCACCCACAAUUCGAUGGUCACGUGAGAAGGGCCAGCUUUCUCCGUCCUCUACUUCUUUAAAUGGUGUUUUGAGCAUUUUCCCGACAAAAGUUGAAGACGGCGGUGCAUAUGUUUGUACAGCAGCUAAUAAAAUCGGAGUGGAUGGGGGUUUGGUCACUCUCACUGUCGAAAGAGAUACCUCCGUGCCUCCAACUGCGUUGGUGUCACCAGCAAAUCAAACUGUCGAUGAAGGUUCUUCUACCAGCUUAUCGUGCCAAGUGACAGGAGAUCCUUAUCCCUCCAUAGAAUGGAGGAAGGUUGGUGGCGAGUUACCAAACAACCACUCUAUUCUCGGUGGAUUAUUGGUAAUCCAGGAAAUAACGAAAGAGGAUGAAGGCAUGUAUCUAUGCUUAGCUCAAAACAAAAAAGGUGUCAAACAAGUUACCGCCUUUAUCAAUGUCAGAAGUAAAGUGUCGCCAAAGAUAGAAAUCAUGCCGGCGAGAAGGUUAACCGUCACUGGAGGGGAAACAGUCAUUUUCAAGUGUGUAGUCAAAGCCGGUAAUCCUCCUCCUGUGGUGGUUUGGGAAACAGAAGAGAGUCAACUAUUGAAUAGUAGCGAUGAUGGGGCGUUGGUGAUCUCCCCAGCAAACGGUAACAGCCAGGGAAAGUACAUUUGCAAGGCAACAAACGCCAUGGGAUCUGCUGAGGCUGUUGCUCUGCUGAUUGUUCAAGGUGAACCCAAUAUCAUUACGACUCCUUCCAGUCCUGUUUCGGUGACAACUGGUAGUACAGUCACCCUGGAAUGCGUCGCCGCUGGAGAUCCCCCUCCGUCUGUUGAGUGGAUAAGUCCAGAGAGCUCUCAAUCUAAUAUUCAAAUAAUAGAAACAAGGGUGGGUGUAUUAAAACUGACCAUCGAAGAUGUGAGAUUGGAAGACCAGGGAAACUAUACCUGCCAGGCGACAAACAUCGUGGGAAUCAAAAGAGAAAGUGUCCAGUUGCUAGUUACUGUGGCCAACGAAGCUCCAGAGGUUGUUGUGGAAGCUAUUUCUGAAAUUGUGAUCGAGGGUGACAAGGUUGUGCUCCGCUGUAACGCGUCUGGUGUACCAACACCAAGUAUCACUUGGGAAAGAGUGGGCUCUGAUUUACCCAGUGAUGCUUUGGAUAGAAAUGGAAAUCUAACCAUCCCAUCUGUUGGCGCACGUGACGCAGGAACAUACGCGUGUAAAGCUGCGAAUAGUGAAGGAGUAGACGUCGCGAAUGUUCAGUUGGAAGUGAUAGUCCCUCCUCAAGUAGAAGUGACACCUUCCCAGAUAGCCGUGAAUCAAGGAACUUCUCUAAGCCUUUUUUGUGUUGCCACACCAUUACUUCCGGUCAAAUGGUCGAAAAUGAAUGGAAGCAUCCCUGGCGAAAGUGAAACAGACAAGGGAAAACUAAUCGUUAAGAAUGUGAGUGUGGAACACGCAGGGAAGUACCGUUGUCAAGCUACCAAUGCUGCAGGCUUCAGUGAAGAUUUUGCAAGCGUAACGGUAUUUGUUGCACCACAAGUAAGUGUCUCGACUGAGUCCAUGAUAGCCUCACCUUUUUCCAAUGUUACUUUUCGAUGCAAUGCAACUGGCAUACCAGAACCUGUGAUCACGUGGACAAAAGAAGGCGUGAGGCUUCCUACGAAACACUCGCUGUUGCGUAAUGAGUUGACGCUGACGCGCAUUGUUAGCUCAGAUGAAGGGCGCUAUAUUUGCACAGCUACCAAUGCGGCAGGGACUUCACAAAGAGCUGUAUCUCUCACAGUUGAAGAUUUUCCCACUGGGAUCAUAUCGGGUGGAUCCUCUGUGACAAUUGUGCCUGUUGGUGGCUCCCUGACUCUCGAGUGUCUAGGAACGGGAAUCCCAACACCUGAGAUCAUGUGGUCUCGUGUUGGUGGUCCUUUGCCCGGUGGAAUAACUAUAGAUGGUGGUCUUCUCGAGAUUGUAAACGCCCAACUUUACCAUGGAGGACCUUACGUUUGUAAUAUCACCAACCGAGUGGGCUCUGUACGAUCCCAGAUUGUCGUUUUAGUUCAAGAGGCCCCUAAGGUGACAGUUACGCCACAAAAAUCACGGGUGAAGCUUGGGGAGACAACAGAAUUUACCUGUAUCGCCAGUGGCGCACCUUUACCUAAGCUAUCGUGGCGAAAACUGAAUGCUUCAGUUCCGGUUCAAGCUACAGUAAGUGAUGGAGUACUUAGAAUUGCUAAUGUGACCCACCAGGAUGCUGGGAUGUAUUUCUGCGAUGCUUCAAAUGUCGAGGGCUCAGCACAAGGAAGUGCAACUCUUGAGAUAAAAGUGACCGUGCCUCGUUUUACUCAGAGACCACUAUCAUACCUUAGCGUGCCAACUUUGACGAAAGAGCCGCUCAACUUUACCGUGGAGAUUGUGUUUUCACCAGAAAUGGCAGACGGACUUAUAUUUUACAAUGAUCAGUUGACCAACCGUUCUGUAGGAGACUUUGUAUCUUUUGGGAUGUCCAAUGGAUUCGCUGAGUUUAGGUUCAACCUUGGCUUCGAGCCCGCAAUCAUCAGAAGCCACCAACCUCUGCGUCUGUACGAGUGGCACUCGGUCAUUCUGUCACGUGACGAGAAAGAAGGAAAUCUGACUGUUGAUGGCAAGUCAACGGUGACAGGAAUUUCCAAGGGAGGUAGUACAGGACUGAACUUGAACCAAGAUUUAUAUGUUGGAGGAGUCCCUGAUUUUUCCUCGAUGAGUUCACUGGCAGGCUUCAAGUCUGGGUUUGUUGGCUGUUUAAGCUACCUGGUGGUUGAUGGAAACGUUGUGAAUCUGGGAGAUCCUGUUGACCGCGUUGGCUUGGAAGACUGCGACCUUUGCGAGACAAGGCCUUGCAAAAAUGGUGGCACUUGUGAAGAGGUCCCGGGAGCCUGGGGCUUUGUCUGCAGUUGUAGGCCCGGCUACUCGGGAAGAACUUGUCAAGAUGCCGGGCAGCAGUGUUCUUCUGGAGUCUGCAACGAAGGGCGUUGUGAGAAUAUCGGCGACGAAGGUCUUAAGUGCAUUUGUCCAGCAGGGUAUUCUGGGGAAAGAUGCGAAGAAGGAGCUCUUAUAGAGACGCCUAUGUUCGAUGGGCAUUCCUUCAUGUCUUUCCCGGGAAUCGAAGGCGCUCUCCAACAAUUAAAACUCGUCAUUAGAUUCAUGAUUCAGAAGUCAGGAAACAUGCUUCUGUUAUACAAUGGUCAGCAGCAGUUCCCUCAGCGUGGAGACUUUAUUUCUUUGGCCAUUAUUGGUGGAAAAGUUGAACUCAGGUUUAAUUUAGGAAGUGGUCCUGGAAUUGUGCGAAGCGCGAGAAAUAUUACUAUAGGACAAUGGCACACGGUUCACGUGGAACGUAAACUCGACGAGGGCUCGCUAGCACUUGAUAACGAUCCAACUGUGACAGACUACUCGCCGUGCUGCACAAAGGGGUUGAAUCUUGGAUUAGAGUUGUUCAUAGGGGGCGUCGAGAACUUCGCAAUGAUAGACACACGCAAAGUUGGCGUCACCUCUGGACUGGUUGGUUGUAUAUCUGCUAUGUCUGUGGAUGGCAGAGAAAUAAACUUGAUAAAGUCAAACCUUGAUUUGCGUAACAUCACGCAGUGUACGGAAUGUUUGUUACCGUGUGAAUUAGAACCUUGUUUAAACAAUGCCACAUGUCUGCCAAUCGGUAAGAUUGGUUAUGUUUGCUCGUGUGCGCAGGGGUACACUGGACGACACUGCGAGGUUCCUUUGGUUGGACCACCGAGGAACAAUACUUGUGUGAAUAACGGUGUCCUCCUCUCCACCUCGGAUAGUAUGUGUUCUUGUCCGUUGGGCUUCGGAGGAGAUGCAUGUGAGAAUGUUGUUAAACUUGGCGACAGCGCGGCCUUUAGCGGAGAUGGCUACUUGCAGUUUCCAAGCUCUACGAUUCGAGGACCGAGGGUAGUAAAACCAGAUUACAUGUCAUUAGAGAUAAAAACCGAGGCCGAGAAUGGAGUUAUUUUAUGGCAAGGACAGAGAGGCGACCACUUUGCAAUUGGCUUAAGGAAAGGUCGUUUGGAGUUCAGAUUCGAGCUUGGCUCUGGCCCUGCUAUUCUCAGAUCCUCGUUACCAGUCAACGACGGAGAGUGGCACUUAAUCGAGGUUUUCAGGAGGUACAUGGACGGCUCCUUAAAAGUUGAUAAUCAAGAACCAGUCAAUGGAACCUCUGUCUUAGGAAGUAGGGGGCUGAAUAUCAAGGGAUCUAUAUUUGUGGGAGGAGGUGAGAACGUCGCGGAAAUGACUUACAACAAAUACGAUACCAGCUUCACUGGCUGUGUAAGGAACGUUUACUUCAAGACCAGGAAAAUUAAACUUCAAGCUGACGCUACUGUUGGCUGGAACGUUAUUCCCUGUGACAGCUAGCUCUUUAAAUUCUAUAUGUGACUAACAACCCAUGCUACCUGAGGAUAAAUUCUUUAAAUUAAGCAGCUGUAGGGUUGUUUUUCAUUCUGGAAUAUGAAUGGUAAACUUGAACGCGUUUUUCGCGUUUCAAUUUGUUUAGCCUUGUAAGCUCUACGGAUAAUGCCUAGCAUGUCAAAAUGUUCAACGCUAACUUAAUGAUGCUUUAGGCUGGGCGUUUAAACUAAGGAAAAUCGAGUUUUCCAUGUUUUUCCGAGUUUUUGAAUUUUCCAUUUGGAGAAAGUGAAUUAUUGAUGAAAGUCUUCGGUGGAAUGAACACACCGAUGGAAGGCACGGUUUAUCAUUAAUCUUGCUAAUUUUAGCCAUUAAUAUUUGAAGUAGUGUUUCCUUCCGCACUUCAGCCAGAAGUCGAGGCGUUGGGCCCCUUUUGCUAGACUUUAAAAAUCUUAGGAUCCGCUGAUGGAGUGUCGUGCGAACAUCAAUUUUUUAAUUUGUUCCUUUUGAAUUCUAUAUCAUUGUAACCAUAAGAAAUUCGCUAUAGAUUCAUACAAAAAGAAAUACGAUAUGAAGAGAUUGUUCGCUUUUUUUUUCCUCAACCACAGUGCGCCACAAGAUGUGCAACCUACCUAUCGCUUGCCGGUAUAUUCAUGUAUAUCUUAAAUACUAAAUACUAGGAAUUCUUCUUGUGUAUUAUAGAUUUCAUUUCAACGACUUUUGAAAAUGCAGAAGGCCUCGAACAUUCAAAAAUGUUAAAGCCGUUAACCGUGGCUAGUUACAACAAGCAAUUAAUUGUAUCAGGAUGGGUGUACUUUUUAUAGCUCGAAGUGUAAUCGUCUUAUUUUGUAAAGGUAACUGGUGGAAUGUGUCUCCAAGAUUUCCGCUUUCUAUUUAUGUUGGCUUUUCCAUGUUGAUUAUAGGCUGAGCAUGUUAUCUAUCACCAGGCGAACAUGUUUUCUCAAACGAUUUAUUAGAAGUCAAUAUCCCUCUGUACAUGUACCUUAUGAACACUGGGGUCUCGUAAUCAGCUUUUGCUUUUGUUGUCUCCACCAGAAAUAUUCUUGUCUAUGUAUACUCUCGAAUGCAGCAAUUUAUAAAUAUUUCAAACAAAUAAAGCAAAAAAAAAAAGACAAAAUCAUAAUAACAAGAGGAAGUGAGAAGAAGUGGAGUCAACGUUUUAUCAAGUUAAUAAAAGGAGUAUUUCUAUUAGAAAUGA